AUGAAUGAAAGUACUAGAUUAAAUUAAAGUAAACCUAAGAAAAAAAACAAAUUAAUUGAAGAAGAAGAUUAUGAUGAUGAUGAAGAAGAAGAGGAUGAUUUUGAUCACACAGAAUAUGGAAUCAAAUAUAAUUAAUCAGAAGAUAUUGAGAAUUCUAACUUGCUAUACAAUAAUUCUGAUAAUAAUAUAGAAGAGCCUCAAGAGGAGCAAAAAGAAGCAGAUAAAUCAGAAUAGCAGGAAUCUGAAAGCAAUAAAGAUGAUCAAGAAAGUUAAAAUAUGAGCUAUCACAGCUUAAAUAAUGAAAAUAAUAAGCCGGAUUAGCAAGAACAAUUUAUAUUUACUCAGAAAAGGAAUAAAAAUAGAAACUAAAGAGUAUUUUCUACUAUUAGGCCAUAGCUUGUCUAUGAAGAUUUCAGUAAAAGGGGUGAAUUAUCUAAGCAAAGCUCUUCUAGUUCUUUCUCUUCAAUUUCAAGCGAAAAGGUCAUUUAAAAGCUACUUAAGCUCAGUCAUUAGGUUAAGCAUGAAAGUGGUAGUGAAUCUAAUCCUUAAAAUUCAUAGCAACCACCUCAACCUAGCACUUAUUUUGACAUAGAAAAAGGAAUUAUAAAUUAACUAACUCAAAUCAAAGAAGAAUUAAAAGAAUAAGAAAAAAAUUAGCUUUCUAAUAGCUUAGGUUUAUUGAAUACUGAAAUAAAGCAAUAUGAGCAAUUGAUUGAAUUAAUGUUAGAAGAAGAACUUCCUUCAAAUUAUGUAAAGGAAAUAGAUCCAGAUUAAUAAAUAGUUUACUUUAACAUAGUGACGAAGACUUCAAGUUAUGAACAUCCUUUAAUAAAUAAAUUCAGAAGAGUUUUAUUUGAAAAGAAAUUUAAAGAAGACGAGGUUGAUUUCUUUAAAUUAGAAAACAGGAAGGGUAUACCUACUAAAUUUUCUCAUAAUCCGAUCAUUUAAUAUGCAAAAAAAGAGGAAAAAAAAAUAGAAAAAAAGAAAUCUCUCUUAGAUAAUUAGCAGAAGGUUGCUGCGGCAGUAAAUGUAAAAGAAACGCUUUCACCUGAUAAAAAUUAGAAAGAAUCAGCUUUAGCAGCUGCUAAGCGUUAAGUUAGUAAAAGCGUGUAUAAAAAAUAAUCAAUAAGUACCAAAAUAUAAAAAAGUAUUGGAGGAAUGGGAGAUAUUCCAGCCAAGAAGCAGCCAGAGCCAGUCUCAUUAUUUUUGCAGCACCAAAACAUACCGAUAAUAAAUCCUGCUCUGAUGUUUACAGAUAUUAAAAUAGGUACACUUAACCCGAAAUAAGAGUUUGUGGAAUUCCGAUUUAAAGAGAUGAUGAAUGAGUUAUCUUAAAUGAAAGAUACUAAUACCUAUAGAUUCAUCAAAGAUAGAAUUUAUCCAGCUAUAGAAGAAGAUGAAAACGAUAAUGAAAAUAAGAAAGAUUAAAACAAAGAAGGACUUACUACUUCAUAACCAUAAGAAAAUACUUAAAAAAUUAAGUAGGACUAAGCAGUUCCAAAUCUUAAUUUAUAUCACAAAGCUCUCUUAACAACUUAAUCAAAAUUUAACAAAAACUCAGAUAAAAAGUUAUUCAAUGGACAAUUAAUUAGAAAUGGCUUAAGCUAUAUUGUUCAGACUGCAAACAGCACAGCAAGAGGCACAAGCAACAAACAGUUAGGUCACUCUAACAACGUUUCAGGAGUUGAAUUUUCUGAAACUACAAUUGGAGCAUAGUAAUCACUGUAGAAUGUACAAGAAAAUAUCUAAGAUAGUACAACACAGUAAUAGCCUGAUAAUUAAAAUUAGAUGACAUAAAGCUCAAGAAGUUAAUAAAAAAUUGGUAAAAAAGAGAGUCAAGAAAGUUCAAGAAAAUUGGAUAUUGCAAAUCAAAAAAUUAAGUCAGGUCUUUCUACAUCUUCUGUAAAUUAAACUGAAAUUACUACUCCAAAACACACUCAACUAGAUGGUGAAAACCCAGAUUUUUCUGUUCAAACUAAUGAAUUCAAACCAGAAAAACAGAAAUAGUAAGUUCAAUAUUUAGACAUAUAUCCUAUAAGAUAAGAAAGAGAGAAUUUGAUUGAAACAAUAGAAAGAGAAUUGAUAAUUGCUACUGAAUACUAUGAGUAUAAAUAUGGGAAGGAUUUAUUUAUUUAAUAGCAAAUUAUAGAGUCCUAAAAGUCAUUUAAAAGGGCAAAUCCAGAAGAUGUCAUUUUUGCUAUGAAUUUUUUAAAUAUUUAGAUAAACUAAUCUUAGCUAUUUUGGGUAGCGAGAGCUUUUGCUACUUUAGAUUUACCAGAUUUUUGGACAGAAAUUUACGAUGAAGAAGAAGAGCAGAUAGUUUAUGUGAAUUAGCUUACAAAUUUCCAUUUUAACAUUCACCCCAGUAUAGUUUUUAUUUAGAAAAUUAUAACUGAGUAUAAAAGGAAAAGAGACUAAGAAGCAAUGAAGAGAGCUCAAUAAACAUUUGCAUUUAAACAUAAAAGUUAUUUAUUUACUGCUGAGUAUCCAAAAACAGCUCAAAAUGAUAUUAUUAACAAAAAAGAUGCUUUGUAUUAUGACUAAAUGCAUAAUUUAAAUAACACAACUUUUUAAGAGGAUUUAAAUAUGAUAUUCGAAAACAGAAUGGGAAUUCAGUAUUCUGUUAAUCUUACAAAAUUGCACCAAAAACUGGAUAAAAUUAACCUCUAUAGAGGUGAUCAAACAACUGUUCCCAUAAAGAAUAAACUUGAAUAUAUUUCAAAUACUUUAAAUAACAUCAAAAGAAAAGAAAAUAAACAAAUUGCACCAAUCAAUCCUUACUUCGACGACAUUUACUUCUACGUAGACACAGAGCAAGAAGUGGCAGAAAAUAAGAUAUUCUCAGAAACAGAUAUAAGUAAAUCAAAAAGAAAUAAAGGUAAACACAAAAGAUCAAACUCUAAUUUAUCUGAUUAACACAUGCUCGUUUUAAGUAGAGAGCUCGGAUUAAAUUUCCCUGAAGAUAUUCAUGUAUUAAUUCUUGUACAUGAAUUUAUUGAAACUAAAGAAUAAUUAAAUAAUGAAUGGAGAUUUCGCCAUACAAAUAAGAAUACUUUUUACUGGUUUCAUAGAAAAGAUUAAAAAUGCCAAAUAAAAUACCCAUACCUCUAAGAACUCAAAGACAUAGUCUAACUCUUUUAGCACUCUUUAAAGAAGGACAUUCAAAAGAUUAAAAUUAACAAAGACAAUUUGAAGUAUUUGAGUAUGUUCAAAAGCUCAAAGCAAGUGGUUCUCUCUAAAAUAAAGCAAGAAUCAAGAGAUUUUGUUAAAAAAUACAUGGCAUACAACAGCUAAUCAAAAAAGAAUGAUAAAAAACUAAAUAUGGAUAACAAUGAUGAAAUGCUAACAUUAUCGUCUUCAGAAGAUGAAAAAGCUUUGUAAGUUGACAAAAAGAUGCAAAAAUUAGAUGCAAAAACAGAUGGAUAUCAAUUAAAACACGUGAUGAAUGUCUUAAGAAAUAAAUCUUAAAUCACUGAAUAAGACAUCAAAGAGAAGGUUCUUUUCAAUUGGCCACUCAAGUUUAUAUACAAAGAACAUAAAAUAGAAGACCUGAAUUAGACAAAAGAAAAAACCAGUAAUGUAAAAGAAAAGAAGAUUGGAAUGAAUUUAAAAGAAAAUUAAAAAAACGCUCUCAAAAAGCUAAAGGCUAUGACAAAAGUAGUUGGGCUAACUAAAUCAUCCACUGAGAGUCUUACUGAUCUCUCUAAAAAGCAAUCAAUAAUUUCAUCAGCAACUACAAUUUCAAUAGGCUAAAAACCAAACUCUAGCACUUCUUUAGGAUCUGCAUCAGCUAUUAGCAAAAACUUAGUCAGAUAAAAUACAAAUAAAAAAUAAUACCCUCCAACUUCAUAUCAAAUUAUGCAAAAUCCUGGAUAUUUUUCUGGUAAAACUAGUCAAGAAUACUAUAGAUUCUUUAGCGAUUCUAGUCGAAGCAGCAGUAGCAGUAGUAACAACAGCAGUCGUUCUAGUAGCGAUUCAGCUAAGAAUUCCCAAUCUAAUUUAGAUAGCUCAUAAAGUAGCUUAUUCAAAUUUUUUAAAUCUAAUAAUGAACCUCAAGUUCCAGAUUCAUCGAUUUUAGAAUAGCUAGUAUAAUUGCAAGGACUUCCUACCUAAAAUGAUAAUGAUUAAGAUUAAAAAAAUCAACUUAAUGUAAGAUUUGAAGAUGAAGCUUAAGCAGAUUAAAAGGAAUAAGAUGCAUCAAAUUAGAAUAAUUAAGCCACUGAUUCACAGUAAGAACAAGAAGCUAAUGAAUAUACAUAUUAAAAAUAAGUUGAAUUUGAUGACACUAUUAACUCAACUUAAAUCAACAAUGAUUCAACUCAGGUUGAUAUUAGCUAGGAUUAGAGCAAAAGUAAGGAUAAGAAGCAUGGUAAAUCUGGGUCUAAAAAAUAAUAACGCUCUAUUAGUAGCAAAAAGUCUUACACAAAGUCACCUUUGAAAGAUGGAAAAAAAAAAUCAAAAAAACCAUCAAUAUCUCCUAACAAAAGUGGAUAAUUUAGUGUCCAUAAUUAAUAGUUAUAUUAGUAAAAUUAAAAUAAUUUAUAACUAAAUUCAAAAUAAAUAGGAAAUCAAAAACAAGUAAAAAAAGGCUCAGAGGUAAAUAAUAAAAAUUAACCCAUUUCUAAGCUCCAAAAUGCUGCCAGUAUGAUUUCUAAAGUAGUUUCAAUUACAAAGCCAUCUUAAGAAUAAGAUAAAAAUAAAGUAAAUAACUAGAAUUAAUAAGGUUAGUCUUUUAUUAGACUAUAAGAAACUCCAAAGGAUUAGCCUAAAUAGUAAUCGUAAUAAUAACAAUUGUAAAAAGAACUUACAAUUAAAAAAGAUAAUGAAAAUUAAAUAGGUGGUAAAGACUAAAAAUAAGAAAUAGCCAAUCAAAAAUAAAAUGAACAAUAAGUUAACAAAUAAGAACCAGAUUAACAAUCUGUGCCAUUAGUUGAUUAAAAGUAGGAUUAAAUAAAUGAAAAAACUCAAGAUUAAUAAAAUUUACAGUAAUAAGAAAUAGUCUAAAAAUAAUAAGAAUAAGUAGAACAAAAUACUGAAAUCAAGAAUUUAUAAAACGAUCAAAUAAAAGAUUAAUCAACUGAAUAAAAUAAUGAAAAAGAAAAUUAAAAUACUGAAAUAUAAAAAGCAUAAACAAAUGAAACAUAAUCUUUAGAAAAUUAGCAAGAACCAAAAACUGAACCAUAAACUGAAGUGCCUAAAAUAGAUCUAGAAAAAUUAGAAAAUUUUUCUUAAAAUUAAAAUGAGUAACAAAAUUAACCAUAAAAUAUUCCUGAUCAAGCUAAUACUCCGAUACCUGACUAAAAUUAAAUAUCAUCUUAAAAAGAAAAAGAAGAAUAAACAAAAGUUGAAAUUAGCAGUCCGUAAAGGAAUUUUUCAUCUCCUAUUAUGUCUCCUUAAAGAAUCUCUUCAAGAUAAUCAUUUCUUAAAAAAGUAGAAGAGCCUUUAAAACUAGACUCUGAUCCUCAAACACCUAAAAAAUCAGGUGAUGGAUCUCCAACUCCAAAAAGUGUAAAUUAAAGGAGAGGGAGUUUUAGAUGGAAUAGAAACGAAUAGAGGAAAAGUGAAAGCCAUAUUGAAUAGCAAAAAAUUGCUCAAGCAAAACUAUAAGAGGAAAAAAAACUUUCAAAAAAAUAGGAAGGUGAUAAAAUAGAAGAUUCAUAUAAAAGUUUAUUUUAAAAGCAUUUCAAAGUUAAGGCUAAACAAAUGAAUUUACUGUAACCUAAGAUAAAUAUUUAAGAGUCUGUUUUGAGUAAAUACAUAAAUUAAUAAGAUGUUAUUAGCGAAGAUGCAUAAGAAGAUGUAUUAGAUAGAGAUAGUGAUGAUGAAAAGAGUAACAACUGGCUUUACACAAAUCAAUUUAAAAAUUUUAUGGCAUAGCAAAAUAAAAGAGGAGUCAUAGUAUAAAACAAAAGAACCAAUAUCAUGAUUCCUCUCAAUUAGACUGUAGGCAGUAUUUAUCAUUAGGCAAAAACAGGGUCUUUUAUUUAGAAUAUUAAGCUUUCAGGGAUAGAUGUUCAUCAUACUAGUCAUACUGUAAGAAGAGAAAGUAAUCCUGUUUAUCUUUAUCCUGAAUUGAAGAACUAAUAAGCCUAUUUAAACCACUAACUUAGAAAUUAAUUUUAUCAAGCAACUAUAUAACAGUAAAAGAUCAAAGAAGAAAUUCUUUUUGUCGAUUAAUUUAAUUCAAACUUUAUUAUGAAACAACAAGGAUUAGAUUAAGACAAAUAAGCUGAGGUUAUCCACAAAAAAAAUGAAAAAAGUUUAGAGAAGUCUAGCAAUGAUAACAAUCAAAAAAAUAAAAUUAAUCAAAUUAUUGAAAAAAAAGGCACAAUUUUCCCAACAUUAUAAUAACCAACUAAAAAGCUUGUUCCACAUAUAACUCAUAAAGUUAGACUUAUCAAGACAACUUCUAACUUUAAUUUCAAAUAAAAUAGGAGUCUUUCUCCCAAGACAGAGUCUUUAUAAAAUAAUGUUGUGACUUAAGAUAACAUAAACUCACCAAGCAGAAAAUAGACCUAAGAUUUUAGCAGAAAAUAAACUCAAGAAUUUGGCAGAAAGCUUACUCAUGAAAUUACCAGCUAAUAAGCUUAAGAAUUAGGUAGAGGUUCUGGAAUAAAUAAAGCUUUUAGUCCUAAAAAGUCUAUAGAUUAUGUUUUAAAGAUAUCUCGUUAACAGUCAAUGGCAUCAGAUGGUUCAUCACCGAAAAAUCAAAGAAUGCUAGAGAGUAGCAGUCCUAGAAAGAAGCAAAGUAGCGUAUUCAAUAAUUUAGACAGUACUGCAAACAAUAAAAGAAAUAGCUCUAGAUUAGAAAAUAUUUUUUAGAAAGGAAACGUUAAAGAAAAUGAAUAAUCAGAUAUUGUUCCAGUAGAAUCUUAAGCAAUUAUUUUAAAUGAAGAAAACUUUAAGACCUAAAUUGAAAACAUUAGUAAGUAUUAAGAUGACUACAGUAACUUUAAAAUUAAAUAAAUGCUUAGCAAUCUCUUGAAAAAAAUGCCUUAUGUCAAGGUUGAUUUCCAAAAUUAAAUAAUAAAUAAACUUAAAAGCAUACCUGACAACCCAAACAAAAAACUUAAUUCUUACAGAGUUUUCCAAGUCGAAGCACAAUCUCAUUUGGAAUUAAUUAAGCUCAAAUACCUCAAAAAGAAAUUAGAUUUAAUAGCAUUCGAUUUUAUCAUGUCUAAUUUGCGUAUUCCGAAAGAAGCUAAAAAAACUAUUUACGAUUCUGAGCUUUUGAAAUCAAGAAUGUAUAGGAAAUUCAGGAAUUUCUUCAGAGAUAUUAGGACUUAUUUGAUUAGCUUGUAAGAUAUAUUUUAAAAUUUGCAGAGAAUGAUUAUAGAUUCUAAGUUUGAGUGGAAGAUAUUACCAAAGCUUUACGGGAUAAUGACACAGAAAUUUCAAAGGCAAAUUGCUAAAAUUAAUAAAGAGAAUAUUUUUGAAAAAAUAGUUCUUCAUUAUGAAAAGAAAAAGCUUAAAUAGCUCUUAGGUGAGUAAGAAUAAAAUAAAUUAUAAUAAAACGAAAAUAAGAAUUAAGAUGAAGAGUUAGCUGAUGAAAUUAUGCUUAGUGAUGUUGAAAGCGAUCCAGAAGAUUAAAAUGAUCUAAAUCCAUUUAGCUAACAGUUUACCUUGGUAUCAUCUAAGGUUUUAAAUAAAAUGAUUAAAGACCAAAAGAAGAAGCAAAGAAAGAGAUAAAAGCUCAUUAAGAAACUUGAAAAAGGAUUGCUGCAAAAAGCUGAUUCUGAUGAAGAAUAAGAAUAUGCAGAGAAUAUUAAAAUUUACAAACAAAUUUAACAAGCAAAAACUGAAGAUGAUGAAGCAAAAAAUAAUGAACAAAUUUAAGAAAGAGAAGAAAAUGCUAUCUUAAAAAAAGUAGAGUAAAAGAAAAAUAUAGUUCACAUUGAUCAACUAAGAAAAGAAAUUGAGAGACAAACAGAAAAAUAGAAACAGAAAGAAAUUAAAAAGCAAAAGAAAAAAAUGAUGGAGGAGCAAGAUGAAGAAGAUGAAGAGGACGAAGAAUAUGAUGAUUUUGAUGGAGAAAAUAAGAAAAAGAAAAAAGGAUAGGAUGAAGAUGACUCUAAAUAUAAUAGUGAAAGCUCAGAUAACGAAUCUUCUUAUUUCUCAACAGAAAGCUCAAACUCAGAUCUAGAUUCUAAAGGAGAAGAAAUGUAUGAAGAAAAUCAAAGAAUUAACCUAUUAUUAAAGGUAUUCGAUGAUCCAAAGUACAUCUUCUUAUUCUAGUAAUUCCUUUAAAACUAAGAAAAAAUUACUCAGCUAGAGGAGUCGAAUCAAAUUUGGAAACUGCUGACUAAUUAAUUGGGGCAUAUACAUACUAUGUUCAGAGAUAGUGUUAAAAGAGUAGAGAUUUUUUUAGAUUAUGGAAUGGCAACAAGUGAUUUAGAUAAAAUGAUAAAAAGACUAAAAAUAGAUAUCAACAGGGAAGGUGAUUUGAUUUGGAUAGCCUAUUUUUAUUGUGGUGUGCUCCUAAGAUAUAGCUCUAAUUUUAGUAACGAUGUUUUAUAGGCUAUAUUACAAUCAGAGGAAUAGAAUGACUAUGAUUCUUUUUUUAUGGAAAUGCUAGAUUUGAAUAGAGUAAAAAGAUAGUUUGUUAUGAUAGAAAUGAACUCAAAAAAUAUUAAUGAUUAUCUUAUUUACUCUCAGUGGUUUAAAUUCUACAACAAUAAAAGUGGUUAAAUGUUUUUCUAUAACCCAAUGCUCAAAAAGAAAGUGUCUAGCUUAAGCUAGAAGAUUUUCACAAUGCAAGAGCACUUCAAGGCAAUAGAUAAAUAUAAGUUUAUAGAAAUGAUUGACUUUAUUAUGAAUAAAAUUAAAGAUGAAGAAGAAAAAGAUCUCGCUAUGCAAUUUAGUUAAUUUUUUAAACAGCAACCAAUGGAUAGCAAGUUCAACGAGUCAACAAACCGCGAAAAGAAAAGUAUUUUACACUAUAAAUCUAAAUCCUAAAUUAGAGGAUCUAUUAGAGGAUUUAUAGAUUCAAAUCCCAAUUUAUAAAAUUCUAUUUAAAAAUUCAUUUAUGACUAAAAUAAAUAAAUUUUUUGA